AUGCCACAGCGACCCCGAUUAAGUCCUGCUCCAGGCAGCAGCAGAGAGUCCGCAAAGGGCAUUCCGCCCUUCUACUGUGCAUAUCUACUUCGCUCUACAGUGCGCCAUGCCAGUCUCUACAUCGGGUCUACUCCUAACCCAGCGCGCCGACUUGCACAGCAUAACGGCCGUAUCAAGGGAGGGGCACACAGAACCCACCGAGAAAAGCUACGGCCGUGGGAGAUGGUCAUGAUAGUCAGUGGUUUUACCAGUCGUACAGCGGCCUUGCAGUUCGAGUGGGCGUGGCAGAACACACAAGCCUCUCGCCAUGCUACCACCGACAAAAUAGAGAUCAAUGUUCGAAUAUGUCCGAAAACUGGGAGACGUCUGGCUAAAAAGUCAAGCAACCCCCGAGAGUCAAUGACAAGCAUCAUGGCGCGUUUACACGUUCUCUUGCGUUCACCGUACUUUUCAAGCUGGCCCUUGCAAGUAAGGUUUUUCAAGGAGGAUGUUCAUCGUACCUGGAAAGGCUGGGUUGAUAGUGCCAAUACAUUCAUUCCAGAGCAUAUCAGCUUUAAGACUGAUUUCGAUGAUGGAGCCUUGUCCCGGGAAGGCCUGCCGCUUCAAAUUGCCCUUCAGAAACUCGAUGUUUUGGGGAAAAGCUUAGGGUCGUAUCAGGAGAAGGCUAGAUUUCUGCUGGAUGCUGGAGAUAGACUUAAUUGCGGCGUUUGCCAUGACCGUCUUCGGCUGAAUGAUGACCUCGUCGUGGUGUGUUCGUCUGAAGCAUGUCGAUGUGCGUCACAUCUCCUGUGCCUCUCUUCCAGCUUUAUACAGUCCGAAGAUUCUAGCAAUGGACUUGUUCCAGUCAAUGGGCGGUGUCCAGGCUGUGACGCAACCAUUGAUUGGCAUAUUCUCAUGAGAGAAAUGACACUCAGGAUUCAUAACAGUAGGACAAGGUCAUUCGAUGACGAAGAUUCGCUAGAAGAAGUGCAAGAAGAUGAGGACGCAAGGGACGAACUAUCCGACGAUGCCGGACACCAAGGCCCUAUCGACCUGCUAAGUAGUGACGAUGAUGACUUUGGACCUUCAACGUUCAAGCCUGACUUGCACAUCAAUAAUCAGCGGAGACAUGAGUCAAUAUCAAACCCACCAGUGAAAGGGAAAAUUGACGACUGGGAUGACGUAGAUAUAGUAGAAUGA